AUGAAAAUAUUUAAAAGCAAUAAAUCGUUAGAAAGAGUUAAUUUUGACAAAAUACAUAAUGUACAAAUAUAUGGCGAGAAUAAAAUUCACUGCAAUGGGCUCUUUAUAUCAGGGGCCUCAUAUCUUGCUGUUACAUCAUCGUUCCUUAUGAUGCUAAUCCCAGUCAUAAUAUUUCACGCCUUUACUUCACCGUGGCUUUUUAAAAAAGAUAUUUACCUUGUUACAGUUUUCAACCUAAUAUUUUUUGUUUUGACAAUAUAUACUUUUUUUAAAACUAGUUUUAUGGAUCCUGGUAUAAUACCAAGACAAAGUUCAGUUUUGAAUUUAUACGAUGCAAUCAUCGAUCAAUACAGAGGGGCACAACCUCCAAAGCAAAAAGAAGUUUUAAUUAAUGGCGUUUUUUACAAACUAAAAUAUUGUUAUACAUGCAAUAUAUAUAGGGGUAUAAGAACCGUUCAUUGUUCUAUUUGUGAUAAUUGUGUAGAAAAAUUUGAUCAUCACUGCCCUUGGGUUGGGAAUUGUAUUGGUGCAAGAAAUUAUAAAUAUUUUAUUUAUUUUAUUUUUAAUUUGUAUAUUUUGAUAUGCAUAACACUAGGAGCAAGUAUUUACAAAUUAACAAUAUGUAUGAAUAUUUUAUCAAAUAAGGGAUAUAAUAGUGAAAAGAUUUUUAUUCAUAUAUGGGCUAUGGCAACUGAUAGUAUAAUAUUAAUAAUAUAUACAAUUUUAACAUUAUGGUUUGUUAUAGGAUUAUUAUGCUAUCAUAUAUAUACGAUAGUAACUAAUCAAACAACUUAUGAACAAAUAAAAACUUUUUAUCAAAAUGAUAAUCCAUUUAAUAUUGGUAUUUUAAACAAUAUAAAAGAAAUAUUGUUUACAAAAAUUAGACCCUCAUACAUAAAUUUUGAAAAUCCAAAAUUACAAGUUAUUGAUCAGUAUUCUUCUCACAAUAUUAUAGCAUAUAGUGAUAAGUCUAUAUCCAUAGAUCAAGAAAUUGGAAAUAUUUCCCAUACAGCUUCUAUUGAUGAUAAAGAAUGUAAUAGUAUAAAAGGUGAUAUAAUUGAUGAUCAUAUUCAUGGCGAAGUUGAAAUGAAAGAAGAUAGCCAACUUUUAAAAAAACAUGAUAAUGAAUUUGUUGAGAAAAAUAAAAAUCUAUUUUUAUCUACUAAAAGGAAAGAUUCAAAAGGGGGUAAAGAAUAUAAUUCUUUCGAUAUAAAUGCUAGAAACAAAUCAAAUAUUUUUAAAAAUAAAAGAAUAUCAAAAAAGAAAACAGACCAUUUGAAUAGUUCAAAAAAUAACAUUAUAUUUAAUAGAGGAAUUGAAAAAUCUGCACGCUCAAAAAAUUACAAAAAUAAAAUAAUAUCUAAAAUUUCUAAAAUUAAAUUGAUAAAAACUAAAAAAAAAAAAAUAUCAGAAGAAUUAAAUAAUGAUAUUGAAAUUAAUAAUUAUCAAAAUAAAUGCAUUAUCGAUGUGAAUAAUAAUUUAGGCUCGUUGUAUAUUCGAAAUGAUGGAUCAUCAGGAAGUAAAACAAAUAAUGAAGUAUUUAGUGACAUGGAAAAUGAACUGGAUGAAGCCUACUAUUAUUCUUCUCGGGCUAAUAAUUUAGCAGAUAUAAAUAAGAAGGUUAAUGGAAAAAAGAAAAAGAAACACAAUAAAAAAUAUUAUAUAAUUUCAAUUAAAAAUUGGGAAAAAAAUAAUAUAAACACAAAGAAUGUCGAAAAUGAUAGAGAUUAUUACAAUGAUAUAUAUAAUAUUAAUACAUACAAGGACAAAGUGAUAAAAACUAAUGAAAUAAAUGAAAAUAUUCACGAAGCAAAAUAUAAUCAUCAUAAUCAUUUAACUCGUGUAAGGAAAAAAGUAGAAUAUAAACUUUUAUUUAAAAAAAAAUUUCCAUUUAUUUUGAAGCAUAAAAAUAAAAUCCAAACAUUCUAUAUGAUAAGAGAUCCCAAAACAGACAAUAAAUCUAUUUAUCCAUAUUCUACUGAAAAUAUUGAUCAUGAAAACCCUAGCGAAAUAUUAUCCAUCGAUAAUAUACCCAUAGCGGAUAAUGAAACAGAAUUAAAAAAAAUUAAUUAUUUAAAAAAAGAAUGCCCUCAUAAAAUGCAUCAAAGUAACUAUAGUGAUUCAAGUACUAACAAAUUAAAAAAUGCUCUCAGUGAAGAGUAUAGUAAUUUCGAUAUUUUAAGUGAUAUAAAUCAUAAUAAAUAUGAUGAUAGCAACAUAAGCUAUCGCAAUGUCAAGCGUGAAACCUUAGGAAAACGCGAAAGCAAAGAAAGCAAUAAAAAAAUGAGCAGAAAAAGGAAAGACGAUGGAAUUGUAGCUAUACGAAAAAAUGUUAUAUUAUCUAUUUAUAAUCACAAUGAUAAAGGAAAUAGUGUGGAGCCUCUUGAUAAAGAAAAAAAAAAUAAUUUGGAAUGCAAAAAUGUUAUCUAUAAUAUUCGAGAUAAAAAAGAAAAAUUAAUUACUUUAUUAAAAUAUAAAAAAAAAGGGAAAAGAAGGCAUGAUUCGAAAAUAUCAUUAGCAUAUCUUUCGCAAGUAAAUAAUAUGGAUCUCUAUAAUUUUAGUCAAAUUUACAAAAGGAGAUAUACCAAAAUAUACCAAUGGAAAUCUAAAAAAAUACAACAAAAAAUUAUAAGAAGAAAAAAAAUUAAACUUUUAUCGAGAUCAUCACAUAAAAAUAUACAUACAUAUUAUAAUAACAGUAAAUGUUUUUUAGAGAAUCUCAACAGAUUAAAUGAUUUUCAAAUAAAUAAUAGUAAAUUGAUUAAUAGAUAUUACCAACAUAAUACUUUAUAUUCAACUACAACUAAAUAUAAUCGACUUGAUAAUGCAAAAUUAUAUAGUUAUUUAGCACAUAUGAAAAAUAUUCAAAAUCGUUCAGAUAUCAAAAAAAAAAGUAAAGCUUCAAGAUUUUUCGACUUAUUUACAACAUUUGCUCUAAUAAUUAAUUGUAUAAAUAUACCAUCUAAUAAUGAUAAUGAAUAUUGA